AUGUAUCAAACUUAGGUCAAUUAAAAAUCAUUUAAAGAAUAGUUUAGUUUAGAGGAAAGGUAGAAAAGAUGUUAAUAAAAAUUAUCUUAACACCCUGAAAUGAUUCCUGUGAUUUUGGAGAAGCAUCCUAGAUCAAAAAUGCCUUAAUUAAAUAAAUAAUUGUAUAUAAAUAUGGUUUAUCAUUUUGAUAUUUAGUUACAAAAGGAUUUCGUAUUAUUUAAUUCAGAGGUACCUUGAAAAACACUUUGUAAAUUUCACAAAAAUAAUCAAUAUUUUUUCAUAUUGGCAAUUAACUUCUUCCUGAAGGUAUAAUAAGAAAAAAUAUUAAAAGAUGUGAAAUUGGCAGAUAUUUAUGAAGAUAACAAAGAUCCAGGUGAUGGGUUUUUAUACAUCACUUAUUCUGAUUUAGAAGUUUUUGGAUGA